UAGUGUUAGCGCAUCUCGCUAAGUUAAGCAGGAAACAUGGCGCACAUCACAUUAUAAGGUUGCCUCACGUGGCGGGUGUGUUGACUUCUCUCCUCUUCUCUCUCUUUUCUUCUGCCGUGUCAUAACUCCCACACCACCUUCAUAGUUAAACCGAUCUCCAGAGUGGCAAGUGCUUGAAAAAGUAACAAAUCUACCAUGCAGAACCUCACUGAUGCCAGUGAUGAUGAACCAGUAGAGAAAAGAGCGAGGAAAACUAGAAGCAAGUUGGCUAAGGAGAGACUAGACAAGGAAGAAAUGUCUCCCUCAAUAACUGAUGAGAGAAAGGUACUACGCAAGAGGGCUUGUGCAACAAAAGCAAGAAAACAAAAUGAAGCCAUAAUGAAAGAGAACAAGGAAACUUGUGACUCGCCCAUAAAUAAAGAAGAGGAAUUGGAUCUACCACCACCAGGUCUGUCUGAGUAUGAAAUCAUGAUACAACAAAACAUUGCUGCAAAAAAGAAAUUUCUGGAUUCCCUUGAAAUUUUUAAAACUAAAGGAGAAGUGGAUGCACUGAAAUCCCAGCCAGUCAAAAAGCCAACAUAUAGAGGAAUAGCAAAACAACAAAAAUCUCCUGAACCAGUGGUGAUACGCCGAAGCCUUAGGCAACAGAAUUUAACACCAGACGGGUUAAAUCUUCCACUGCCAUCUGAAAAAGAUAUUGCUAGAGCCGAUGCUGCAGCUGAUAUUAUUAGCCAUCCUCGUCCACCACCUGGUCCUGCACCAUUGCUGGAUUAUUACAAGUCCCACAAUAAAGAGGAGAGUAAAAAUUUCAUCAACGAUAUGAAAAGAUUGUCAGUAUCUGGAGGAGAUUCAGUUUGGUCUGGCAACAUUAAAAGUGUACUUCAGACAAUGAAAAAGAUGAAAAUCACUGAGGACCUUGUUGCCAAGGUGGUACCCCAACGGACUUUUGCUGUGAAGAUCCAUCCUACUAUUGACAAGGCCCUUGUACUUGUUGGUGGUAAAUGGGGUGAGCUUGGAAUCUGGGAUGUUGAGCGUGAUGAUGCUACUAGUGGAGCAUACUACUUCACUUCUCAUUCCCGACCUAUUAAUUGCAUCACUGUUGAUCCUUGGAAACCUGAAUAUAUAUACACCACAAGCUAUGAUGGUUCACUCAGAAGAACAAACUUAAUGGCUGGCAUUGUACAACAAGUAUACAGUUACGUUGAUGAAGAGAUAUACAGCAAGUAUAUCUCAUGGCAUUCACAUGUGGAUGAGAACACUAUACUAGUAUCAGCCAGUCAUGGUCAAAUUAUUCAUGUCGAUUUGCGAGCUGAGGCAAAGGCAACAAGACAGUACUUUGUGCACAACCAGAAAAGCGUUAAGGUAGUGACGGUGCAUCCAACUCGGGUGGAGUACUUUGCCACAGCUUCUCGAGAUGGAAAUGUGUGUUUAUGGGAUAUGAGGCAUCACAGGAAAAAUAUACCAGUUACCUCAUUUAGCCACGGAAGAAAUGUUACUGGCCUGGAAUUUUCCCCAUUGACAGGGAACUUCUUGAUUUCUACUUGUAUGGAUAACCAUUUGAGAUUCAUAUCCUGUGAUUUGACUAACAUAACAGUUGAACGGAAAAUCCAGCACAAUAACCAGACUGGGAGGUGGUUAACAACCUUUAGGGCUCAUUAUGUACCUUGUCGUGAAGACUUGAUAGUAGUGGGUUCACUUAUGCAACCACGAAGGGUGGAAGUUUGGGGCUGUGAUGGCGAACUGAAACACGAGUUUAUGGGAGAAUGCCUUGGAUCAGUUUCCAGUGUCACUGCACUUCAUCCUACACAACCAAUAUUAGCUGGCUGUAACUCCUCAGGAAAGGCUCACGUGUUUAAGUAA